AUGAUAAGCUCCUACGCAAAUACGUUUACUAUUACUCAACAAAAUGAUUCAAGUAAUUCUCCACUUGGUAUAGAUUUUGUUCAAGAAUUAAAUGCACUAUGGAACAUUCUAGUGAACAAAAAUCUCGAAUUAUGUGGACUGAAAAAGGACCUAAAUCUUUACUUGCUUUCUUAA